ACAUGCGAACAGCUGUUUUUUCCAAAACAGGAAGAGGAAGAACGCCGUGAUAAGUUGUUGGCCUGGCCAAAUUCAGGGAAUAUAUAGUUUAAUUGCUCCUUCUAGACUGCCACAAUAGUUUUUAGUUAGUAACAACGAAUUAUUGCAAGUCGGUCCUUUGAAAAAUGGCACACGCCACACCGCAGGGCGCCAAGCUGUUGAACGGAUGGAAGCGUCCGGGCCGUUUUGACAAGGGUCUGGGGGCCCAGCUGCCCGAGGCGUACAGGAAGUUUUGGCGCGAGUGGAAGCUGACGACUCCGGCAGCCGUCCAUUACAUCCCCAAGGAACGCGAGUGGGAGCGCGAUGAGGUGACCCACGCCAUCAAGCCGGUACAAAACAUCCCGCUGCCACUGAUUGAUACACCGGAAUCGCACCAGGGCAUCUGGGGCGGCGAGGCGGUAAUCAAGGGCUUCCAGAAGCGCCAGCAGACCAAGCGUCGCGUUCCGCAUUUCUGGGUACCGAACCUGCGACGUUCGGUGGUGCACAGCCAUGUGCUGGACUCCUACAUGUCCGUAGUAGUGACCGAGCGCACGCUGGAGCAGAUCCACGAGUGUCAUGGCUUUGAUCAUUAUCUCCUCAAGAAUCGCGCCUGCGAUCUUCGUUCCGCCUUGGCUCUAAAACUAAAGCGAGAGGUGCUUCAGGCUCUGCAGAAGGGUGUUCCCGCCUUGGUCGACGAACCCGAGCGUCAAAAGGAAGUUCUUAGGGAAUAUAACCGCUACCUGGAGUCAUAUACCCCUGAGGAAAUCGAUUGGUACGGACAUACCUACCUUGAGGCCAUUCGCAAGCUACAGAAGCAGCUGCGUGAAGCGGAAAAGGUUGUCCCGCAUAAGCUGGAGUUCCGCAGCAAGCUGAUCGAUCAGCUACGCCAGGCGGGAAUACCUGAGGCAGGAAAAGUGGAAAAGUCCGAUGCACUGGCAGGAACCUCGGCCGAUCACAAGGAUUCGGACAUCGAGGCGCUAACAAAGCUGGAAUCGUCGCCCUCCUCCAGUUGGCUGUCCAAGAUUAAUCCUUUCGGCAAGAAAGAAACCUAGACCGGCUGUCCUCAAUUGUUUUUGAUUUGUGUGUUUAGCCUCAAAAGAAUAAACAGAAUUUCGAAAACA